AUGGCCGACAAGAUGCCCGCUUUGCGGGCAGAGCUCUCCCAAGUUGCACGGAAAGCUCGGCUCUCUUCUGCGGUAAAUGAUGUUGACAAGAUCAUUGCUCGGCUUUUGCAAGCAAGAGAGCAAAUCGCUUCAGAGCAAGAUCCCCACGCCGCCAGUCUUAUCUUGACGAAGCUUCAGAACCCCAUUAAAGAGGGGUUCGAAACAGUCAACAAUGACUUGAAAGCUGUGUCCAAGACACAGCGAGAGUUUGGAAAGGCCCUUGACCGAUCUUUCCCAGUAACCAACCUUCCGACCGACCACGAUGUCAUGGCAGAACACCCGGCUCUCAUCAACCGAGCCAUUGCGAUGCAUCUUCUGCGCGAAGGUCACUUCGACGUUGCAAGGAUAUUCAUGGACGAGGCCCGAGACAUGGCGUGCGUAGCGACGACAUCCCAUGCUGACGAUUAUGCGGAUACAGACAUGGCGAACGCAAGCACAACCGGCGAAAGCGCCGACAUAACUACGGCGUCGCGAUCUUCCGUCUCCAAUUUUACACAGAUCGAGUCUCUCGAACUUCAGGAUAAAUUUCAAAGCAUGUACACCAUCCUACAGGCGAUCAAGGCGCACAACCUCGGCCCGGCCAUACAGUGGGCUCAAACGAACUCGGAGGCGCUGGAAUCACGUGGCUCAAAUUUAGAGUUCGAGCUGUGCAAGUUGCAGUUCAUCUGGCUAGCCAAGACGUCUAAAGGCCAGACCGAGCUCGAUUCCAAUCUGACCGCUGGCAUCGCUGGCGAUUUCAGGGCGGCCUUUCAGUACGCCCGCGACAAUUUUGGCCGCUUUCAAGAUCGGCAUCUGCGUGAGAUCCAGCGCUUGGCAGCGGCCUUGGUGUUCGCUUCCAACAUCCAGGAAUCGCCGUAUGCCAACGUCUUUGAGACCACGUUUGCUUUUGACGAGGUCGCUGUCACAUUUACACGUGAAUUCUGUUCCCUGCUAGGCCUGUCGGCAGAAUCACCGUUAUACGUUGCCGCAACGGCCGGAACGAUUGCGCUUCCGCGACUUAUCAAAUUUAUUGGCGCCACCCGAAGCAAACGUACCGAGUGGACAACGGCCAACGAGCUGGCCUUUGAAACACCGCUACCAGAAUCGAUGCUCUACCACUCUAUAUUCGUCUGCCCUGUAUCAAAGGAGCAGACCACCGAAAACAAUCCGCCGAUGCGACUUCCUUGUGGUCACGUCUUGGCACACGACUCGCUUCGGAAUCUGGCUAAGGGCUCCAAAUUCAAGUGCCCAUAUUGCCCUAUGGAGGGUCAUCUCAAGGAUGCACGCCAGAUUGUUCUGUAA